AUGUCGUCAGCUUCGGGGCGUCAUGGCGCGCAGCGGUCCCGGCUCCUGCGCCAGGAGGCUCCGGAGAACCCGGAGAACACGCGCAAUAAGGACUUCGAGGAGUACUACAGGGAGCAGAAAGUCGUGGGAGAGGAUUCCUGGGAUGAGUUUCUGGACACCCUCCGACAGCCCAUGCCCGUGGUGGUCCGGAUCAACCGCACGAAGCCUCACUGGCAGGAGUUGCACGACGCAUUUGCAAGAGACUUCCGCUGGCUGCCUUUGCCUUGGUUCCCCUACGCUUGGGAGUGCAGUGCCCAGGACUUCGACGAUGCACUGCGGACGCAGUGCUCUCGCCUCAACAAGGCAUAUUCGCUUCGCUUCCAGGAGAGUGCUUCUUUGCUGCCUCCGCUGCUGCUGGAGGUUCAGCCAGGAGAUUUGGUUCUCGACAUGUGUGCUGCACCAGGCAGCAAGACCUUGGAGUGCAUCGAGCUCCUGCGCGAAGCAGAGUCGGAGUCGCCGUCAGCUCUGAAGGACGCCGCAGUCGUCAUUGCCAACGAUGCCGACGCCGAGCGGUGUUUCGAGCUGCUGCCGCUGGUGACCCGCAAGGCCCGGCACCCAGGCUGUGCCGUUGCCCUGGGAAGCGCUGGCAAAUACCCAGCGCAGUUUGUUCGUUCCGGCGAGCAACUCCUGUAUGACCGGAUCCUUUGCGAUGUCCCUUGCUCCGGGGACGGCACUCUGCGCAAACGACCACAAUGCUGGAAGACCUGGUCCGUGGAGUCGGGGAUGUCCCUCCACAGUAAGCAGCUUCAGAUCUUGUGCCGCGGGCUUCAUCUUCUCAAGCCGGGUGGUCGCCUCGUCUACUCGACCUGCAGCCUGAACCCGCUGGAGAACGAGGCAGUUGUUUCAGCAGCUCUGGCCCGUUAUGGGGACGACGUGGCGCUUGUGCCUGACGCCGUUGCGGCGCCUGUGGCAGCAGGGCUCAAAGUAGCUCGGGGGCUUAAAACCUGGCGAGUCCCAGCUGGACAACUCGAAGGAGUCUUCUACGAUCGUUGGGAAGCAGUCCCCAUCGAGCUGCGCAAGCCCAAAGGGCCCAUUUGCCAGACCAUGUUUCCAGCAGAGACGGCGCAGCAGGCAUGUGAAACCUGCAUCCGCUUGAAUCCGCAUGAGAUCGAUGGCUCCGGCUUCUUCGUUGCAGUGUUCACCAAGCGGGUGCACCGCUCCUUUCCCUUGGAAGUACCGCCGAAGCUCAAAGCGGAUCCGCAGAUUCCUUGGAGAGCAAGGAAUCAGAACAACCGCUAUGUGCUGAUCUCCCCAGACAAUCCAGAUGUCCAGUCAAUUGCAGAAUUCUACGGCUUGAAGCACGUGCCCGAGCCGCUGCUGGCUGAGUACAACACCAGGGGCAAGCUCACACAGCUGAACCUGGUGAAUUCUGCGCUGUUGCGACUUCUUCAGUGCCAUCUGAAGUGCAAAGGUUCGCCUUUGCUGGUGUCGGUGGGCAUCCCCCUGUUCAAGCUCUUGGACGAGAACUUCAUGACAAAUAUUAACAUCUUAUCACGGUGGAGACCUGCCCUCGAGGGUGCUGCACUGCUGGCAGCAAGGAUGACGAAGCGCCGAGUGCAGCUGAGCCAAGAGCCCAUGAGGCAGCUACUGAUGACGAGGUUGCUGCCCAUGGAUUCCCUUCUCACACUUGCGGGUAGUGGAGACCUGGAAGGCCUAAAGAGCUGCGAAGACCAGCUCGGACCCGCUGUCGUUGGAGCCCAAGACGCUUCCUUCUGGGCACCCUGCAUCAUCACAGGCAAAGGCCUGGAGCUCUACGCCAGUGUGGAGGAGCUGGGUGAUCCGAGGCCCACUCUGCGCCCGUCAGAGGUGCCGACGGUGCUGUGCCGACGACCCCAGUAUGUGAUUUUGGACAAGCCCAGCGGUCUUCGCACAGAAGAUGCCCUCCGCUUCGCCCAAGAUCUGGGCUCUGAUGCUCAGCUGGUGUCUCGACUGGACAAGGAGACAAGCGGUUGCCUUCUCAUACCCUUGUCGAACGCCUGUGCUGAAGUCUUCACGCAGCAGUUCGCAGAGGCGAAGGUGGGCAAGUGCUACGUGGCAUUGGUGGAGGGCGCGGCGCCUUCUGAGGGCGAGAUCCAGGCAAGCCUCGGACUCCUGGAGGCAGGUGGCGGCAGCCGCUACAAGGCUUUCGUGGACCCGGAGGGCAAGGCGGCGAGCAGCAAGUUUGAGCUACUGUGGCAUUCGACAGGACGAGGCUGCUCCUUGGUUCUUGUGUACCCACGGACUGGCAGGACUCAUCAGAUUCGCUGCCACAUGGCACAUAUUGGCCAUCCGCUGGUGGGAGACGUGAAGUACGGAGGUACCCUAUCUGCCUGGUGCCAACGCCUGCCACUGCACUGCCUGGCCCUGCGCGCCAAAAGCCCGGAGGGCCCUGUGAGUGCCUUUGCCCCACUGCCCCCUGACUUCCAAAAGCUCCUGGGCGCCUUGGAAGAAAACUGCGUCACCGACCCGGACUGGCAGCAGCUGGUUCGCGAGCGCUGCCUGGUGAACGUCCAAAACGAGGGCUAUAAAAUCUGA